UCAUACUUCACACGUGUUAUAAAUUGACACAAAGUUUUUUGAGGUUAUAUUUUCCACGAUUUAUUUAAAAAUCAACGAUAAUGAAUAAAAGCCAAUCUUUAGCCGAUAGAAUAUCGACUCUGUUAAGUACUACACCAGCGUCUUUUGACCCGGAAGAUGAAAUUAACGAAGAAACCGCGAAAGUCACAGAGGGGGCUCUUGAAGAUGAUGAUGAUACAGAGGAUGUUAUUUUAAGUCGCUUUCGUAAGAAAAACGUUGAAAUUCUUGAAGAUGUAGAUGCAAAAUAUUCCGGGAAGAAAGGAAAUCGUAAGAACUUUAAAGAAUCUGAUGAAGAAUUUGAUACAGAAAGUGAAAUCGGACAUGAUUCAGGAAGUGGUGAUGAUGAUGUUGAUGAAGAAGAAGAUAGUGGUGAAAAUGAUGAAAAUGAAGAAGAUUAUAAUAGUGAUGAUGGUGAGGAUGAUAAAGAUGAAAGUGAGGAUGAAGAAGGAAUAAGUAUUGAUGGUGAUGAUCAUAAUUUUAAACAUAUUAAAGAAGAAAAUGUUUCGGGGCAAUUAAAAAAGGGUUUGUGCAUAAGAACUCAAUUAAAUAUUUGGGAAAAUUUAUUAGAAAUGAGAAUACAAAUGCAAAAAUGUCUUGUAGCUUCAAAUAAAAUGCCACAAAAAGAAACUUAUAAUCAAAUUCUUGAACAUACAGAUUUUAAGAAAAAAGUAAAUGAAACUAAAAACUCAUUAAGUAAUACUUUAAAUAAAUUAUUAGAGUUACAAAGUUUAGUUUGGAAAAAAUAUCCUGAUACGAAAAAUUUAUUGAAACCUGCAAAAAGUGCAUCAAAAUCAGAGGAAAGUGAUGAAGAAAUUCCAAGUGAUUCUGAUGUUGAAUCAGACACUAAUGAAAGUGAAGAUGAAAUUAAACCCCCUAAAAAACGAGUUAAACUAUUAGAUUAUGAAAAAAUUCUUGAUGAAAGACAUAAAAAUUAUCAAGAUUAUCGUAACUCAACAAUUCAAAAAUGGAAUGAUAAAACCAUAAUUGGAUCAAAAUCGGAUUUACAACACUCAGUUUUAAAUCAAAUUAAUCAUAUUUUAACAGACAGAUCAAGAUUAAUUAAGCGAACUCAAACCAAACGAUCUAAUUAUGAAAUAAUAGGAGAAAAAGAUUCAGAACAAACUGAAAAUGAAAAAUCUGAUGAAGAAAAACAGCAAGAAUUGAAUCCAGAAAUUUUUGAUGAUGAUGAUUUUUACCAUCAACUUUUAAGGGAACUUAUUGAAGUGAAAUCGGCUGAUUUAACUGAUCCCGUACAAUUAGGGCGACAAUGGAUUCAGUUGCAAAAUUUAAGGAGUAAAAUGAAACGAAAGAUCGAUACAAGAGCUACAAAAGGGAGGAAAAUAAGAUAUACAGUUCAUUCGAAAUUAGUUAAUUUUAUGGCUCCUAUUGAUGAAGGAAGUUACACAGAAGAAGCUAAAGUUGAAUUAUUUAGUUCUAUUUGUGGUAAAAAUGAAAUUGUACAUAAAAGUUAAGGUGUUUAUGAGAAUAAAUUAAUUCACGAAAUGA